AUGGGGCACCACUCCUGCUGCAACAAGCAGAAGGUCCGGAGGGGCCUGUGGUCGCCGGAGGAGGACGAGAAGCUCAUCAAGUACAUCACCACGCACGGCCAUGGCUGCUGGAGCUCAGUCCCGAGACAAGCAGGGCUGCAGCGGUGCGGCAAGAGCUGCAGGCUGAGAUGGAUCAACUACCUGAGGCCGGACCUCAAGAGGGGAAGCUUCUCGCAGCAGGAGGAGGCCCUCAUCGUUGAGCUCCACAGGGUGCUUGGGAACAGGUGGGCCCAGAUCGCCAAGCACCUGCCUGGCAGAACGGACAACGAGGUGAAGAACUUCUGGAACUCCACCAUCAAGAAGAAGCUCAUCUCCCAGGCUGUGGGCAGCCUCCAUCCCGACCUGUACUACAACAUUCUGGACGGAGCUGCAGGAAAGGGCCUCGCGACCGCCGGAUGCGCGCCGCUGAACGGGGCGGCGGACAGAGCGUCAGCUCAAGCAGUGGUGGGCCUCACGCAGUCUCCUCCUCCCAUGCUGCACAACAACCACCCCGCUGCGUGGGCGGAUUUCGUCUCCCAGCCGCUCUUCCUCCCCGGCCACGGCGGCGUCCACGGCGGUGGCGGCGAUCUCCAGUACGCCGCCGUCGACGACGAGUUCGUCAAGCAGUGCGGCCGCGCGGCGGAUGCCUACCCGCCUGAGGACGGCGGCGGCGGUGGCGCGAGCCAGUGCAAGCCGAUAGCUGCCGAUCUCGUGCCACAACAGGCGGAAGGCGCCACGGCGCGGAGCCUGAUCCCGGCGGUGUUUCUUGAACCCAAGUGUGCCGCCGGCGAUUUCAUGCCCGAACCGGCUAUGGCUCCAGUGAUGGACUUCAUGGAAGCCAUCCUGGCGGGGUCGUCGUCGACGUCGGCUGCCAGGGCUUCGUCUCUCGACAGCUUCUCGGCGAACGCCAGCAUGCAGUCUCAUUGUUGGAUUCCCUGA